AUGAAGCCAGUAAUCGGUUUAGUGCUUUUGGGACUGUUCCAUAGUAAUGCGGACGGAAGUCAAGCAGAUGGUGAUCUGCGUAUUGUCAAUGGCUACGAAUUGGACAUUUCCUCUGCCAAAUAUGCGUUAAGUUUGUGGGUAGACGGUAAUUUCCAAUGUGGAGCUAGUAUCAUUACCCUAUCCCAUGCCCUGACCGCCGGUCAUUGUGUGUACAACUAUAUUAACUAUCCAUCUAGGAUAACAUUGAACGGAGGCAGCACAUCUCCCACUUUUGGAGGUUUCACCAUCCCAGUGGUUGCAGUGGCCGUACAUCCUAACUACAAUGCAAAUGCGUAUGCACUUGUGUCUGAUUUUGAUGCAGCAGUUCUAACAGUACCUGUGAAUGAGUUCGGUGGGAAGCCAAAUAUGGCACCGAUAGAACUAGCGUUCGCAGAAACGCCAGUUGGCACAACUUGCUAUGUAGUUGGAUGGGGACGUACUAACUUUAACGUACCAGUUUUCGCAAACAGUUUACGUUACGCGUACAUGGACAUCAUAUCUCUAGACACUUGUGCUGCAGUAUCGGCUCCUUCGACCAUAACGUCUAACAUGAUUUGUGCCAAAUACCCCUAUGGUGUGGAUACUUGCAAAGGCGACAGUGGCGGUGCAUUGAUAUGUAAGGAAAGGCUGAGUGGAAUCAUUUCCUUUACUAACAACGAAUGUAAUAGCUUUUUGCCUGCUGGAUUCGCUAAUGUACUUGCACCCAGCAUUCGCUCCUUCAUUGCAACCCAAACUGGAAUCUAA